CUGGAACAACCCGCGGGAGAUCAGGGUCUGCUCAGAAGAGUGGCUUUACUGUGCAGUCCGGGAAAGCGGCACUGACCCUUCCUUUUUACCCCAGCAGUAUGCCUCUCAGUUCCUGCUGAGGAAACGCCGAGCAAACUCUUUCAUGGAAGAAAGUAAGAAGGGAAAUCUAGAAAGAGAAUGCAUUGAAGAAUUAUGCAACCGGGAAGAAGCCAGGGAAAUCUUUGAAAAUAAUCCUGAAACUGAAUAUUUUUAUCCCAAAUAUUUAAGCUGCCUUGCCUCCCAUCGAGCAGGGGUGUUCAGGGUGGCUGCAGUCACUCCAGACUCUCCAGCUGACCUGAGGGCUUGUGUCAAGGAAAUUUCAAACCAGUGCAGCCCCCUGCCGUGCCAUAAAGAUGGAUAUAAGGAUUGCAUAGAUGGACAAGCCAAGUAUACCUGUGUCUGUAAAGCAGGAUGGAGAGGAGAGAACUGUGAGGAAGAUAUUAAUGAAUGUGAAGACUUCAAUGGAGGUUGCAGCCAGCGCUGUUCCAAUUUCCCUGGGAGCUUCCGCUGCCUGUGUGAAGAUGGCUACUUCAUGCAUUCCAACAAGCGGGAUUGUGGAGAUAUAAAUGAAUGUGUGCUACAUCCAAACAUCUGUGGGACAGCCAUCUGUAAAAACACCCAGGGGAGAUAUGAGUGUGAAUGUCCAGAAGGCUACACAUAUAAUUCAACUUCCAAAAACUGUGAAGAUAUUGAUGAAUGUGCUGAAAAUAUUUGUGCUCAGCUCUGUGUGAACUCACCAGGAAGUUACAGCUGCUAUUGUGAUGGCAAGAAAGGGUUCAAGCUCUCUAAGGACAUGAAGAAUUGCGAGUCUGUUACUGAGUGUAUCCCACUGAAUCUUGAAAAGAAUUAUCAACUGCUUUACCUGGCAGAGCAAUUUAUAGGAAUUCCCGUUCUCUACUUAAAGUUCAAACUGCCAAAUGUUACAAGAUUUACAGCAGAGUUUGAUUUCCGGACAUAUGACACAGAGGGGGUUAUCCUGUAUGCAGAAUCCCUGGACAGCUCAGCAUGGAUUUUGCUUGCUCUUCGGGAUGGAAAGAUUGAGAUUCAAUUCAAGAAUGAGUUUGGAACAAAAGUCACCAGUGGAGGCAAAGCCAUUAAUGAUGGACUGUGGCAUAUAAUAUCAGUCGAAGAAUUAGAACACAGCAUCAGUGUAAAAAUAGCUAAAGAGGCUGUGAUGAGUAUUAACAGCCCAGGAACUCUGUUCAAACAGUCCCAGGGUUUCUUGGAAACCAAGGUGUACAUUGCAGGAUUACCUCGCAGAGUGGGCGGUGCUCUUGUUAAACAGAUUAACCCUCGUCUGGAUGGUUGUAUCCGGGCCUGGAACCUGAUGAACCAGGGACAUUCAGGAGUAAAUGAAGUUAUUCAAGAAAAACAAAGCAAACACUGCUUAGUAGCAGUGGGGAGAGGAUCCUUCUACCCUGGCACUGGAAUGGCAGCAUUCCAGAUAAACUAUAAUAAUCUUGACAGUGCUGAAGACUGGCUAAUAAAUGUGACUCUGACUAUUCGCCCAUCCACAGACACUGGUGUUAUGUUUGCCUUGGUUUCUAAUGAAACAGUGCCUCUUGCAUUGUCCAUAGUGGACUCUAACUCCUCUGACUCACAGAAAAUCACUGUGACCAUUGGGAACAUCACUGUUGCACAGCUGGAAUCAAAGAAGUUAUGUACCCCCAGAAAAGUGCAGGUUGGACUUCUAGUGACCAAACAGGAACUUGAACUAGCUGUUGAUUCACACACAGACAGAAGCAAUUCUGAGCAGCUCUCAACUCUCAAGUGCCUCUUGUUUCCUCCAGUCAUUUCAGCUUUGGAGGUAGCCAGCUUUUCAACAGUAGCAUUAUUUGGACAUUAA